ACCUUCAGGUCUUUGGGGGCAACAUUGGCAGCCAAGCUAGAGAGUGCACAACAAAGAUUACCAGAGAGGCGGGUCAGGAUGUCUUCUCCUCGAAGACGCAUUGAGACAGAUGUCAUGAAGAUGCUGAUGAGCGACUAUGAGGUUACUCUGGUCAACGAUAACAGGCAGGAGUUCUACGUUCGAUUUAAGGGCCCCGAAGAGACACCCUUCCAAGGCGGAUUAUGGAAAGUCCACGUCGAGCUGCCCGACCAAUACCCAUAUAAGUCACCGAGUAUCGGCUUCGUUAACCGCAUAUUCCACCCAAACAUUGACGAGUUAUCCGGCUCCGUUUGCCUUGAUGUCAUCAACCAAACUUGGUCACCAAUGUUCGACAUGAUUAACAUCUUUGAAGUCUUCCUUCCACAACUCCUCCGAUACCCAAACCCUACAGAUCCUUUGAACGGCGAGGCGGCUGCGCUAUUGAUGCGAGAACCAAAGAGCUAUGAGGCCAAAGUCAAGGAGUAUGUGGCGAAAUAUGCCAGUAAGGAGGCUGCCGACGAAGCAGGAGUCGAGUCAGAUGACGAUGACGAUAUGUCAUCAGUUGGCAGUUUUGGCGACGAUGAGGAUGAACAACCAGCCGGACAAAUGGAGGAAGUUUAGACGCGGACUGAAGCCCUUCAAGGUCAAGCUGACCCUCACGGCCAGAGACGGAGCUGCUAUCAAGACAUGCAUUGAAGUAUGAAUAGUUCUUUCCUUUUUACGCAUCGUUUAGGUGUUACAAUGGAUUUGGGGAUUCGGAAGGGCAUAGGUUUCGGGAGUAUUAUUGGCAGGCAGCAUAUCCGAUGAGCUUUCGCUUUGGUUCAUAGCGCUGCGUUAGGGUUAGGAUCAGAUAGGAAAUAAGAGCAAUCUCGUCUCAGGUGUGCUAAGGUUAGUGUUGGAGUUCAUUAUUGCAAAAUAUUCACGCAGUUAGAAGCAAGAGCGAGUGGUUUGAGAAUAGGAAAUUCAAUUUACACCUGAGGCAUGAACAGCAUGGCAUUUGACCCCCUUGGAUUUGGGUUGGGCAAUCC